AUGGAUGAAUAUGUACAACUUGCCCGCGAUCAUCCACAGAGCUAUCAUUCGUUCAUGUGGAAUAAUUUCUUCAAGCAUAUUGAUAUUGACCCGGAAAAUGCCAACAUUUUAGAUGGUAAUGCUUCUGACCCCCACAAAGAAUGUGAACUUUUUGAGCAAAAAAUCGCCGAGGCUGGUGGUAUCCGAUUAUUCGUCGGUGGAAUCGGUCCCGAUGGUCACAUCGCUUUUAAUGAACCCGGUUCGAGUCUGGCUUCUCGAACCAGAGUUAAAACACUAGCCAGAGACACCAUUUGUGCUAAUGCUAGGUUCUUUAACAAUGACAUCAACCAAGUGCCCACUAUGGCCCUCACAGUGGGUGUCCGCACUGUAAUGGAUGCAGACGAAGUAAUGAUUUUGAUUACUGGGGCUCACAAGGCUCUUGCUUUGCAUAAGUCUGUCGAGGAAGGCAUCAGCCAUAUGUGGACGGUAUCUGCAUUUCAACAACAUCCGCAUACAACAUUUGUCUGUGAUGAAGAUGCUACAUUAGAACUGCGAGUAAAGACUGUAAAAUAUUUCAAAGGUCUUAUGCACGUGCAUAAUGAACUGAUUGAAGAACCAAAAGACACUGAAAACUCCCAUGAGGAAGAAAAGUGA